AUGGAUGUUUUAAGUGCAAUCAAGAAUUUCAAUUCCGAUUUGGGAAUUAUCAGCAAAUCCACAUGGAUAGGAAAUCUCUCAAUUCAACUUCAAGAAACAUAUAAGGUGUUCUAUUUAUUAGUCAUUGGAAUAAUAGCAGUUCUGAUCACCUGUUUAGCAAUAUGCAUAAAAAAAUGUUGGAGAAAAUUUUCAAGAAAGAAGGAAAAUGUUGCACAAGAAGCUACUCGCUUCAGAAAACGAGACAAAGCGCUCUUUUACGGCAGGAAGAUGAUACGUAAAGUCAAAAAUAUAUCGGGACAAGUACGCAAUUCCGGACAGGGCAAGAAACGGAAAAUGGUUAUGAAAUUUGCCAGAAGGAUUUUACAGCUCAAAAAAGACACCGAGCAAGAACAGUUGAAAGUGUUGGAGCCACCUGCCGAGUACCUUCAAGAAGACGUUCUCAGUGAUGAGAGGAUGCCGCCUGAUGCUUUGUAUAUGUUACAGAGUAUCAGAGUGUUUGGUCAUUUCGAGAAGCCGAUUUUCUUGAAGCUUUGCAAGCACACGGAAAUCAUAAACGUUUGUGCUGGAGCGUACUUAUUCAGAAUAGGUGAUCCAGAUGAAAAUGUUUACAUUGUUCAAAGUGGAAAGCUGAAUGUUUCCAUCACUGGUAAUGAAGGCACCAAUACCUUGAAAAUUGUCAAACCUGGGGAAUCUGUAACAUCUCUUUUGAGUUUUACAGACGUGCUUACAGGUCACACUAAACCCUAUAAGACAGUAUCGGCCAGGGCUAUCGAGGAUUCUGUGAUCGUCAAGUUACCAAUGACAGCCUUCCAAGAAAUUUUCCAAGAGUAUCCGGAUAUUUUCGUUCGAGUUUUGCAGGUGAUCAUGGUGAGAUUGCAAAGGGUCACCUUCACGGCGCUCCAUCAGUAUUUGGGACUCAGUGCUGAAUUAGUCAGGCAGAAUCCAAAGCAGAGAUAUACAUCGUCUCCUACUAAAAAGAGGAAAGAAGAUGUAGAAAAUGCACACCAAUCUUCACAGCCUAUACCUGUGCCUACACAUAGGAGAAGGAAAUCUUCUGUGGAGUCCAAAUCUUUCUCUCCAAACAUGAAUACUCCUGACAUGCUUGCUAAUACUGAAAGUAGCUUGGGUAGUAAUAAUCCGGAUGUAACAUUUCUACCGAAAAAUAGACCAUCGAAUGCGGAUAGUAAUAUUGAUGAGGAAGAUUUGAUAGAAAUUGCCACCGAAGCUUUCGUCAUAGAAUUGGGAUUAGAGAAUGGCGAUGCCUUGAAAGGAAAAGUGGAAAUAAAAGAGGUAUCAGCUGGAACGUACUUAAUGAAAGAAGACUCAAACAAGGACAGUGCUCUGGUCUACGUGUUGUCUGGAGCCUUGGUGGUGUCUCAAAAAAUGGCGGAGAGUGAGGACGAAGUGCACAUGUUCACAGCUCACACCGGGGAGAUAGUCGGAGGACUGGCCGUGUUGACAGGAGAGCCGAGCUUCUUUACCAUUCGGGCGAAACAUUUCACCAGGAUCGCUCUGAUUACGAAGAAUACGUUUUAUACGUUGAUGAAAGAGAACCCGAAAGUCGUCCUGUACAUCGCCCACUUGGUGGUGAGGAGACUGUCGCCGUUCGUGCGACAGGUGGAUUUCGCCCUCGACUGGCUCUUCAUGGAGUCGGGCAGAGCCAUCUAUCGGCAGGACGACGAUAGCGAUAGCACCUACAUCGUGCUGUCCGGUCGGCUGCGGUCUGUCAUCACCCACAAAAACGGGAAGAAAGAGCUGUUGGGGGAGUACGGACGAGGGGACCUGAUCGGAGUGGUAGAAAUGGUAACCCAGACAAAACGUAGUACAACUGUGAUUGCAGUUCGAGAUUCUGAAUUGGCCAAAUUACCAGAAGGAUUAUUCAAUGCGAUCAAAUUGAGAUAUCCAAUUGUCGUCACUAGGUUAAUUAAUUUGUUAGGACAUAGAAUAUUAGGUACUUGGAAAAAGGCCACAAUCAGUCCGAGUAGCUCGGCCGUGGAAAGUAGGCCUUCGCAGAUUAACUUUUCAACGGUGGCCAUUGUGGCAGCCUCAGACGAUGUGCCGCUGACUGCUUUCUCUUAUGAACUCUACCAUUGUUUAAGUUCCAUCGGAUCAACUUUGAGACUGACCUCGGAGGUGGUGCGUAAAACGCUCGGCGGCAAAAUCAUGGACCCCAACAACGAGUACCGGCUGUCGUCGUGGUUGGCGCAGCAGGAGGACCAGCACAAGAUCUCGCUCUACCAGUGCGACUUGACGGUCAGCCUGUGGACGCAACGGUGCAUCCGGCAGGCCGAUUGCAUACUCAUAGUUGGCUUAGGAGACAACCAUCCGUCUUUGGGAAAAGUGGAGAAGGAGAUAGAGAGACUGGCGAUGCGGACGCAAAAGGAGCUGGUGUUGUUGCAUAAGGAGGGCGGGAAACCGCAGAAUACCAUCGCUUGGUUGAACAUGAGGACGUGGGUGUCCAGCCACCAUCAUAUUUUGGCUCCGAACAGGCUGUUUUCUAGGAAGUCUUUGUAUAGAAUUAACGAACUCUAUUCGAAGAUAUGUACAACACCCCCGAACAUUCACUCUGACUUUUCUCGAUUAGCCAGGUGGCUGACGGGGAAGUCCGUAGGGCUGGUUUUAGGCGGCGGAGGAGCACGUGGGGCCGCCCAUAUAGGGAUGAUCAAAUCUAUACAGGAAGCUGGAAUUCCUAUCGAUAUGGUCGGUGGAGUGAGUAUAGGAGCAUUCAUGGGAGCCCUAUGGUGCCAGGAAAGAAACAUAACCACAGUUACACAAAAAGCUCGAGAGUGGUCCAAAAAAAUGACCCAAUGGUGGCGUCAAAUAUUAGAUUUGACUUAUCCAAUGACCUCUAUGUUUAGCGGUCGUGAAUUCAACCAGUCAAUUCACAGCACUUUCGGAGACACUUACAUAGAAGAUCUCUGGUUGCCUUAUUUCACAGUUACCACUGAUAUUACAUCGUCCUGUAUGAGGAUUCAUUCACACGGCUCUCUGUGGCGCUAUGUGCGCGCGUCGAUGUCCCUCUCCGGGUACAUGCCGCCCCUGUGCGAUCCCGUCGACGGCCACCUCCUACUCGACGGCGGCUACACUAACAAUCUGCCAGGUCAGAUGUGGAGAUAUGUGAGGGCAAGUAUGUCAAUUGUGGGCAUAUUCCCACCUUUAUGUGACCCCAAGGAUGGACAUUUGAUUGCUGACGGUUGUUACGUUAACAACGUGCCAGCGGACGUGAUGCGUAGUUUGGGCGCCAACCACAUUUUGGCCGUCGACGUCGGAUCGGUGGACGACCAGAAUCUGACCAACUACGGGGACGACCUGUCCGGCUGGUGGCUGUUGUGGAAGCGGUGGUACCCGUUCACGGAGACCGUCAAAGUGCCAAAUUUGCCGGACAUCCAGUCCCGGUUGGCGUACGUCAGUUGUGUCAGACAAUUGGAGGAAGUGAAAAACAGCGACUACUGCGAGUACAUCCGCCCGCCCAUCGACAAAUACCGCACCCUGCAGUUCGGCAGCUUCGACGCCAUCAGGGAGAUCGGCUACGAGCACGGCAAGGCGUACUUUGAAGGGCAGCUGCGGGCGGGCAACCUGCCCAUCUUCAGGACGCUGUCCGAGCUGCACAAGAGCUCGUCCAACGUCAACUCCUUGGGCAGUUAUACUUUCACAGAUCUGGCGCAGAUGGUGUGCAAGGUGUCCAGGCCGUACGAAGAAGAAGAAUCUACCUCCAGUUCUUCGGAUGAGGAAGAUGAAGAUGCUCGGGGUGGAUACGCUUCGGAACCAACAGUUAGAUUGUCAGAGAAUGACAAAAAUUUGAUAAGGAGAACAGGAGGUUCAUUGUCCUUGUCAGAAAAUGAACUAGAGUCCGAUGUAGAAUUUGAUAUUAACCAAAGUAAGUUCGAGAAGGUGUAA